GCGAAAAAAUCCAAAUCCAGGAGAAUCCAAGUUGUGUUUACAAGUUACAAUGGCCGACGGCGUGGAUCUGAUUUCCUCGGAUUCCAUCCGCAAUAUGAAGGUUGCCGACCUGAAACGGGAACUUAAGGCAAGAGGUCUUUCGACGACCGGGAAUAAGAACGAACUUGCAGAGCGUCUAGAAGCAGCUGCCGGAAUCCCCAAAGAUAUAACAGAUGCACAACUUGAUGAAGCCCUGGAUCCGAGUCUCGACGUGAAUGAAGAUGAGGUCCUAUCUGAAGAUAGCCUCCUUCUGCAGACUGAGGGCAAGGCAAACAAUGGAGAUACAUUUCCAAGUGAAGAGGACAUAAUUUCGGCAACCACAACAAUCAUUAAGGAAUCUACCCCAUUAACAUUGACCAGAGAAGGUGCCACAGCGAAGCAAAAUGAAGAACCUGUGCAGCCUGCAUCUGAUGAUCCGAAAGACAAGAUUUCGAACAAACUAGGGCUAGUGAAGGUUAACGAAACACCAGCACCUGGAACUAAGUGCGUUUUGGCAACAGCCAAGGCCUCCCCAGAAAACCUCAGUCUCGAAGAGAGGCAAGCAUUACGCGCAAAAAAGUUCAACAUGCCACUGAGUGAUGGCGCACGGUUGAAGAUGCGGAUGGAGAGAUUUGGAGCUGUCGGUUCAAGUGAGAAGACCACCGUGAAGACAACACUGGGUGGCACGCCAAGAACCGGAGGAGCGUCAAUCAGGAGUAGUGUCCCUCCGGUGAACCUAGCGCAGUUGAAAAAGAGGGCAGAACGUUUCGGACAGAGUGUGUCUACGGUGGCCAAGAGUCUGGAAGAAAAGGAGCGGAUAAUGAAACGAAAAGAACGCUUCGGAGCACAAGAGGUCGAGGUAUCCAAGAGGGCAAAGACGUUAGUUACAUAGCAAUAACAUUUUGGGGCCACUCGAAGGAAGCAUAAGCACACUUGGAAAAAUAAAUUCAGCUUCAUUUAAGUACA